AGAGGCAGAAGCAUCCGGCCCCGUCCAGGGCGCCCCGUCCACGGCACGAGGCCCAUGGAUAAGUUUCAGGCGGUGCUAAACCUGCACCUGCAGCAUCCCCGCGCGCUGGGCUACGGCCUGGUGACGCUCCUGACGGCGGGCGGGGAGCGCCUGUUCUCCGUCGCGGUGUUCCAGUGCCCCUGCAGCGCCGCCUGGAACCUGCCGUACGGCCUGGUCUUCCUGCUGGUGCCCGCGCUGGCGCUCUUCCUGCUGGGCUACGUGCUGAGCGCGCGCACCUGGCGCCUACUGACCGGCUGCUGCGCGCGCGGCGCCCGCCCCGGGGGCUGCGGGCCGCGGCUGCGGGCCGCCCUGGUGUGCGUGCAGCUCAGCGCCACCGCCGCCGUCGCGCCGCUCACCUGGGUGGCCGUGGCGCUGCUCGGAGGCGCCUUCUACGAGUGCGCGGCCAGCGGGAGCGCCCCACUGGCGCGGCUGCUGUGCCGGGGCCGCGACGCCGCCUGCGAGGCCCAGCUGCCGCUGGCGCCCUGCCACCAGGCCCGGGCGCCCGACGCGCAGGACCUCCUGAAGGAGCUCAAGGCCCAGUCUCAGGUCAGGCGCGGGCGCUGGACGCGGUUGGGAGGAUGGGAGCGGGGUCGGCCGGGCCGGUGCCCUCGCCCCAGACACGGGACCCCGGGCGACAAGCUGGACCGGCGACAAUUUCAGUAAAACGAACGAAAAGGAGGGAAGGCACCUGCUCUGUGUCGGAUACCGCGCCUGGCCGUUCAGCUCCCGUCCUACCUUACUUACUCUCUUUUUAGCCAGUACACCAAGUCCAGAUCGAGUUGUUUGUCCGGCCGGAAGAAGGCAGAAUUGUUAAAAUAAAAUGGGCCUCCCUGGCUCUAAAGCCCCCGCCCCACACUGCUUCUGGGCAUAUAAAGCCCGGAGACUCUUGAAAAUGAAUGCUUGUUUCAUUGGAUUUGCCGAAAUUCCACGUGUUGAAUUCUAGCCGAGUGACGAGUAAGUAGGCUUUUCCCUGGGCCCUCGACGGGACUUGGAAAAUGACCUGUCAAGUGGUUGAGGCGUUUGGGAGAUUGUCUCUUCUUUCUCUUAAGAGACUAAGACCUAAAACGGUUGCUUGUUCAUCAGCAUAACUAUUCAUCCAUAGUAUGCCUAGAACAACUUAUUUGUCUUGAUUGCUGGAUAGUAUUCUGCUACCUGAAUAUACCACAAUCUGGUUAUCCAUUUAACUGCUGAUGGACAUUUGGUUUGCUCCCAAUUUCCGGCGCUUGUGAGCAAUGCUGGAGUGACCGUUCCUGUAUUUGAAUUCUGAUUGUUCUACACAGGGGAAACAUCGGCCUCAAGAGAAGUGCAAACCACAGAGCCUGCAUAUAUCAGAAUUUGGGGAAGGAAGAGGAGCUGGAGAGGAAUGAAAGAGACUUAUGAUCAAUAGUCAGCUGAAACACAAUAGAAGAGUCAGAAUCGAGAUAUUUAAGUUCUGGAGGCUGGGAUAUUCAAGAUCAAGAUGCCAGCAAAUCCCGUGUCUGGCGAGGACCCUCUCUUUGAUUCUCCCAUUCUUCAGGAUGGAGUUCUUACUGAACACAGUGGUCUCUCCCCACCUGUGGUUUUGCUUUCAUCAGUCAAUCUCAGUCCGGAAGCAGAUGAUACCUCUUUUGAGCUCUGGUCAGAGACCCAUAGUAGCCUAACACCAGGUCACAAUGCCUGCAUCUCAUCACAUAGGCAUUUUAUCAUCUCACAGCAUCACAGGAGGAAGGGUGAGUACAGCACACUAAGAUAUUUUGAGAAAGAGAAAGCCCACAUUUCACAACUUUUAUUAUAGUACAUUGCUAUCAUUGUUUUAUCAUUAUUGUUAUAAACAUCUUACUGUGCUUAAUUUAUAUAUUAAACUUUAUCACAGAUAUGUACAUAUAUAGGGCUCAGUACUAUCAGUGGCUUCAGGCAUCCAUUUGGGGUCUUAGAACAUAUCUCCUGGGGAUAAGGUGGAGGGGACUACUGAACAGUCUUUUCUCUUGGUGAUAUAGGUCACUGUUUAUACCAUAAAUUCAAUCCAAAAGGCUGGUCUCCCUCUCUAAGUUCUCUGAAGAUCCCACUGGAUCCCGGACCGCCAUAUAGGCUACCUGUAUGCUGAUGGUCUGGGCACCUCUGAUAAUCCCACAGAGUAAAUUGCAGUAGCACAGAGACGAUCGCCCAGCAGGGAGCUCUUCCACAAACUCCACCAGAGGAUUCUUGUCUAAGAUCAGGGA